GGAGACUGAGCGAAGAGUAGGUUCCAAGUUUACAGGUAAAUGGUCCAUGCACAGAUACAUGCACAGUACUGAAGUCAGUUUUACUCUUCAAUUAAUGUAAAGACUUCUGGAUUCAGACAUAUUGUCCCCAAACCCUUUCACCACCAACAAUGUGAGGAUUAAAAUAUAAGAUGAAAUAAUGAAAACGAUCAAAUUACCAAAAAGUAUUAUUAUUAAUCUGUGAUUUUCAUUUUUCUGCCUCAAUGUUAAGCUCAAGUUAGACAGGAGCUGAAAACAAUAGGCGAACUAUAACCUGAAGGGGAGCGCUCCUUGGACCGGACUGUGCUCGACACGACUGAACCUAUUAUUCAUGUCAGACAGCGGGAUUAAGAAAAACACUGACAUGUCAAAAAUGUGACCGCUUGGUGGCACUGUCGACUGAAAACGACGAAGAAGCGGCGAUUCGUCAGCUUGCGCUGCAGUGACGGGAGUUGUAGUCUUUAGCGCGGACAACGUUUCUCGGCGAUCGCUCCAGAGGUUGAACAAACGUUUCUGCCCGAGGAACCUUCAGAGAUCGAUGGUUGACAGUCAUGGAUGGAGAUGCUGAGGACGCACCUGUGACGUUAGUCAUCAGGUCAACCACCCAGGAUUUCAGUGACCAAACAGUUCACUGUUUCCACAACUGGACCGUGGGGGAGCUGAAGUCCCACCUGUCGGAUGUGUACCCCCGCAAACCUAGAGUCGAAGACCAAAGAUUGAUUUACUCUGGGAAGCUGCUGGAGGAUCACUUAGUGGUGAAAGAUGUUCUCCGGAAGCAAGAUGAAUACUACAUCCUUCACCUGAUCUGCUCGACUAAAAACAUCUCCAACUCCCCGAAACCUUCCUGCCAGCACAACAGCCGGGACAACACGGGCUUCCUGGACUCUAAUGUUUCUCCCUCCGAACAAAGUGGCCAGCCAUCCUCUGACCAGAGAAGAGAAGAGUCUGCGCAGCAGGCGAACAUGCUCACGUACCACCAGUGGUAUAUUCAGUACAUGCACAGUUGGUACUCCCAGAGGUGGAUCCCGCCCCCGUACUGCAACACCCUGAUGCUGGCCUGGUGGCAGCAGAUGUACGCCCAGCAGCACUUCCAUCAAACGCUGGCUGCUCAGACGCGGAAUUCCAGUCCAACCCAGGUGGACACGUCUGCGGAGGAGACCCUCGAGGAGGUGAACAACGCUUGGCCCGAGUGGGCCUGCACCUCUCUGUUCGGUGCCGUCUUACUGGGCGUUUUCUUCUUCUUCACCUCUUUCAAUCACUUUUUUUUGGUGGUCAUGGCCGUCCUCUUCCUCUACCUGCACGAAGCCGGCUGGUUGGGAAAUGAUCUCAUGAUCCCCGGAGACAAUCUCAACGAGAAUCUACCGAACCACGACCUGCAAGACUUGGAACAAGAGGAGCAAAGAGAAACAAGCGCUCCUCAUGUGGGCUACCUCUCCACCGCAUGGUCCUUCAUCUCCAACUUUUUCAUGUCUCUGAUCCCUGCUGGAACGCCACACGCCGCGCCACAAGAUGCCGACUAGGGAGACUGGAGCGAGCUUCCUCUCGUGUGUUACAUGGUGUUUCAGCAGCCUGAGAAAAAGUUUAAAAAGGCGGAGUGAUUGUUGAACACCCUCGCAUGAACGCUGAACAAAACAAAUAUAGUUUUAUAAUUUAACAAUAGAGAAGAAGUACUGUUACGUCGUGCCACCUUCAGUAUGUGCUCUCGUGUCCGACCCAGUGUUAAAUCUCUGAUGUUGCUUUCUGCAGACACUAUUGUUUGCAGAAGCAUUUAUUUGUGUCUUCAGAUUUUGAGUGCGGUUGUAUCGUGAACGCCGCUUUCCCUGAGUCAUUGAAAACCUAAAGCUGAAUCAUCAAAUCACUGUUUGACUGUUGAAAUCAAACUUUGGUUAGAAAAACAGUAAACAUGAAGCAUAUCAUAUUUGUUUCUGUCCUUACUCCUGUCGGCACUCCGGGUUCCUCCCCGAGACUCAAACAUACCGAUGUUAAGAGUGAGCAAGGGCUUGAGUGUCAUAUGCGACCUGUCGAGGGUGUCUUCUCCCUCUC